CCCGCGCAGACGCCGCCCGGCGCAGAACGGAGUGGCCGCCCUCCCUGAGGCGCGCCUGCGCACGUCCUCACGCACGCUCCGGCGUACGGCGGCGGCCGGGGGUCGCGAGCCGGUGGAGGACCCGCGCGCGGAGGAGCCCGGGGAGUCAACUCUUCUUCCCUCCCUUCCCCAUUCCCCUCCCCGCUCCCUCCCCCCUCCCCAAGAAUGUUCCGCUACGAGUCUUUGGAGGAUUGUCCUCUGGAUGAAGAUGAGGAUGCAUUUCAAGGCCUGGGAGAGGAAGAUGAAGAAAUUGAUCAAUUCAAUGAGGAUACAUUUGGGUCAGGUGCAGUUGAUGAUGAUUGGCAGGAGGCACAUGAGCGACUGGCUGAAUUGGAAGAGAAACUGCCGGCAGCAGUCAAUGAACAAACAGGCAAUGGAGAAAGGGAUGAGAUGGACUUGUUGGGUGACCAUGAGGAAAAUCUGGCAGAAAGGCUCAGUAAGAUGGUGAUUGAAAAUGAACUAGAAGAUCCAGCCAUCAUGAGGGCAGUGCAGACCAGGCCAGUUUUGCAACCCCAACCAGGAAGUCUCAAUUCCAGCAUCUGGGAUGGAUCUGAAGUUCUGAGGCGAAUCCGAGGACCAUUGCUUGCUCAGGAAAUGCCUACAGUAUCUGUAUUAGAAUAUGCCUUGCCUCAGAAGCCCCCACAGGGCCCAGAAGAUGAUCGGGACCUUUCCGAGCGUGCAUUACCAAGGCGGUCAACUUCACCUAUCAUUGGCAGCCCUCCUGUUAGAGCUGUCCCCAUAGGCACCCCACCUAAGCAGAUGGCUGUACCCAGCUUCAACCAACAGAUUCUGUGUCCGAAGCCUGUCCAUGUUCGGCCCCCAAUGCCACCACGUUAUCCUGCUCCCUAUGGUGAGAGGAUGUCUCCAAACCAGCUCUGCAAUGUCCCGAACUCUUCCCUACUGGGUCACCCUUUCCCUCCUAGUGUCCCUCCUGUUCUUAGCCCCCUCCAGAGAGCACAGCUUCUUGGAGGAGCACAGCUACAGCCUGGACGGAUGUCUCCCAGCCAGUUUGCACGGGUCCCUGGAUUUGUUGGUAGUCCACUUGCUGCCAUGAAUCCCAAGCUGCUGCAAGGGCGAGUUGGGCAGAUGCUUCCCCCAGCACCAGGCUUCCGUGCCUUCUUUAGUGCUCCACCUCCUGCUACACCACCUCCUCCACAGCAGCACCCCCCUGGCCCAGGACCUCUUGUGCAAAACUUACGAUCUCAGGCCCCAAUGUUUAGAGCAGACACCACUCAUCUUCAUCCACAGCACCGUCGACUUUUGCAUCAGAGACAGCAACAGAAUAGAAAUCAGCAUCGGAAUCUCAAUGGUGCAGGAGAUAGAGGAAGUCACCGGAGCAGUCACCAAGAUCAUCUCCGGAAGGAUCCGUAUGCCAAUCUCAUGUUGCAGCGAGAAAAGGACUGGGUCGCCAAAAUCCAGAUGAUGCAACUGCAAAGCACUGAUCCCUACCUGGAUGAUUUUUAUUAUCAGAAUUACUUUGAAAAACUGGAGAAACUGUCAGCUGCUGAAGAAUUACAAGGUGAUGGUCCUAAAAAGGAGCGCACCAAGCUCAUUACCCCUCAGGUGGCCAAACUGGAGCACGCCUAUAAGCCAGUGCAGUUUGAGGGCUCUUUGGGAAAGCUUACCGUCUCUAGUGUGAAUAAUCCCCGGAAAAUGAUUGAUGCUGUUGUGACAUCUCGGAGUGAGGAUGAUGAAACAAAAGAAAAACAGGUUCGGGACAAGAGACGAAAAACCCUUGUCAUAAUUGAGAAAACCUACAGUUUGCUCCUGGAUGUGGAAGAUUAUGAAAGGCGUUACCUCCUAAGUCUAGAAGAAGAGCGACCUGCCCUGAUGGAUGAAAGAAAGCACAAAAUUUGCAGCAUGUAUGACAACUUAAGGGGAAAAUUACCUGGACAAGAGAGGCCAAGUGAUGACCUCUUUGUACAGAUCAUGUGUAUCCGAAAAGGGAAGAGAAUGGUUGCCCGCAUUCUCCCUUUCCUCUCCACAGAGCAAGCAGCUGACAUUCUCAUGACAACAGCCAGGAACCUCCCAUUCCUUAUCAAGAAGGAUGCACAAGAUGAGGUGCUGCCGUGCUUAUUGAGUCCCUUUUCCCUCCUCCUCUAUCAUCUUCCGUCAGUGACUGUCACCAGCCUUCUGCAACAGCUAAUGAACCUACCUCAGAGUGCAGCUGCACCAGCACCUUCUAAUCCUCACCUCACUGCUGUUCUCCAGAACAAGUUUGGCCUGUCACUGCUCCUUGUUGUCCUCAGCCGUGGGGAAGACCUACAGAGUUCAGACCCUGCUACAGAAUCAACAGAAAACAACCAGUGGAUGCAAGUGAUGUUCAUGGCAACCCGAGAGCUUCUGAGGAUUCCCCAAGCAGCCCUAGCCAAGCCAAUCUCUAUCCCCACAAACCUAGUAUCCCUCUUUUCUCGCUAUGUUGACCGACAGAAACUGAAUUUGCUGGAGACAAAACUGCAGCUAGUUCAGGGGAUACGAUAAAAGAUCUGCACAUGUGUCCUGUACCUCUUUUUGGCUGUCACCUGCACUGCUGCCAUCACCAAUGGAGUGUUUGUAAUGAGGGAGGGGAGGUAGCUCAUUCCUCAGAGCGUCUUAUGUGGCCGAGUCCUGUUCACAAGGAUUGUCUCUAAAUGCCAGGUGUUUCCCCACUGCUCUGUGACGUUCGGCUGAGUGAUACUUCUGCUGGUUUCUUCUUACCUUCUCUGUUACAAUUCUGCAUGUCCUACUUUUACUCAAUUCUUCUCAAUUUUGCAUUUUCUUUGCUCUAGAGACACAAAUAUAAUCUCUCCCUUUAUCCCACCACUAUUCCAUUUCAGAGUAGAUUAUAGCCUGCCAAAGGAUCCCUCCCCACAUCUUAUUGAAGUCUUUUUCAUUGCCCCAUAUUAAUAUGACUAUAGGAGAACCAAUUAAAUAGAAAUUAAUAUACAUGUGUGUGUACACACACCCCUCUACAUGUGUUUCUGUGGUCUCCAGAGGAUCCUUAAAGAAUGAGUUUUAGAGGGAGAAAUAUUCAGUUGACAUCCCUCCUCUAAACACAAACUAGCUGAUAUGUUUCUAGUCCUUAUAAUUAAUUUGGUGAGUUCCCCUUGUUUUAAUAUAAAUACAGAAUAUGCCAGCAUAUUAAUAAAAUCAGAACUCAAUUGGCUGACACCCAGCUCUAGACUGAGAAGUCCUUUUUUUCUUCCCCACUUGAGUUUCCUUUGUUUCUGUUCACCUGAAUGGAAACAGCAUACGGUUUAAGCCUUUAUCCUGCUACAGCGACAGUGUACUUGAGCCUGUCCUCCCAAGUGUGUGGAAGAUUGCCCAAGAUGAUUCUAACUUAGAGCCUCCUUCCACAGUGUAGCUUUUGUCUUCCUGAGACUACUUCAGUAAGCCAUGCUUUUACCUCUCUCUUCCCCAUUUUUAUUUGGUGUCCUGGAUAGAAACCUCCAAAUGUAACCAUGGAAGCUAAGUUGGGCUUGCUUUGUUCUUCAUUCUCCAUGCCAUGGGCAGAACUGCUGUCCUUGCUACUUCAUCUCACUCAGGUCCCAUCCCAGGACCUAGACAUGAAUCCUAGCAAGGACAGCCUUCCGUUACCUUUUCACUUGUCCCUCUCCCAUUCAGCAGUCAACCAGGAUAAGAGGUUUUGUUCCAUGGUGAUUAUAGCCCUCAAGAAAAAUCUGAAUCCAUUUUAAAUGUACUUUUUGUUGUUCUCACCUUUUGAAUGUAGUGGGGAAAGACAAGUUGUGAUGUUUAAAGAGAAUAAACAUUUUGCACAUAACAUGUAUUGUACAACAGUAAAAUCCUCCAUUAUAACAAGUUGUCCUUGUCUCCAUCUCCAUUUCUUCUCAUUCUGUAGCCCCAGGCUCCACCAGCUGUUCCCAGUGACAUUACUAGCUUCCCUCUGCCAUUAUCAACUGACUUAUUUCCACUGGGCACCUUUCCUGCCUUUUCACUUCACAACCGAUCAAGUGAAUACUUGAUUAGUAUUUCUUCUCUGCUUUUUUGUUUGGUUCUAAUAAAGAUUAAAGUUUCUAAAUUUACAUUUUUAUAGGGAAUUGUAAAUAAAUACAAAUUGUAUACUUGAAAAAA